AUGGAAAAUGUAUCAGUAGUGACAUCCUUCAUAUUGACGGCAUACACUGAACUGGAAGAUCACAGAUAUUUAUACUUCAUGUGUUUCCUGUUUUUAUACAUUGUGAUAUUAUUGGUCAAUUCAGUUUUAAUCAUUGUAAUUUACACUGACAGAGGUCUGCAUGAGCCCAUGUAUUUAUUUAUAUGUAAUUUAGCAGUGAACGGAGUGUAUGGUAGUACAUCUUUAUUACCUUCUAUGCUCAGCCAUUUGUUUUCUCAUAAUUAUGAAGUAUCUCUGACCAAUUGUCUAUUACAGAUAUAUUGUUUACACUCAUAUGGUACAGUUGAAUUUACUAUUUUAGCAGUGAUGAGCUAUGACCGGUAUGUUGCCAUUUGUUUCCCAUUACACUAUCACCUCCUCAUGUCUCCAAGAAAAGCUUAUGCAGCUAUUGCAUUGUCCUGGAUUAUUCCCUUUCUCUAUUUUGCCCUUUAUUUCAUAUUGACUGUCCGACUUUCAUUUUGUGGCAGAUUUAUAGAAAAAGUUUAUUGCAUGAAUUUCCCUUUAAUUAAGCUGUCUUGCUUUGAUACAACCAUUCAGAGGUUUGUCGGACUAGCAUUACUUUUGGUUUCCCCUUGUUCUCAGAUUGUCAUGAUACUAUUUACCUAUGCACAAAUACUCAGAAUCUGCCUGUUUGCAUCUAAGGAAUCUCAAAUCAAAGCACUUCAAACAUGUACCCCUCACUUACUGGCUGUAAUUAACUAUGGACUAGGAUGUUUAUUUGAGCUCAUUCAAAGCCGUUUCAACAUGACUCAUGUAUCUUAUAAAGCACGCAUAUUCAUGUCUAUAUAUUUUGCAAUAUUUUCUGCCAUGCUUAAUCCUUUUAUUUAUGGAAUGGGCAUUCAUGCCAUAAGAGUUCAGGUUUUAAAACUGUUUAGUAGUACAAAAUGUACAUGA